AAGAAAAAGAAACCCCUAAUUUUUACACUCCUACAAAGAGAAGCAAAAAGAAAGGAAAGAAAGCGCUAUCGAAAAAGCUCUGAAUCUCACUCAUCCUUCAGAUUCUUCUUCUCUAAAGAUUCCAUUAAAAGAACAGAACAUCCUCUCAAGCAACAACUCCGGUAAGAUAACGAGAAAAAGCAAAAAGAAAAUGAUGUCACUCACUCCAGACCAAUUCAGAAAAGUAGGGAUGGGAGGAGUAACGCCAUCUCCGUCUCCGUUCCUCACUCCCCGGCCGGAACGACGCCGUGCCGAUUCGAGAGGACCCGACUGGAGCUCUAACCGCCACGAUAGAGAUAAAGAGGUUAAUGUUCAAGUGCUGCUUAGAUGCAGGCCAUUGAGUGAAGAUGAGCAGAGGAUGAAUGUUCCGAGAGUGAUUUCAUGUAACGAACAUAAAAGGGAAGUUACUGUUUUGCAGAAUGUAGCUAACAAGCAAGUAGACAGGGUUUUCACUUUUGACAAGGUUUUUGGCCCCAAGGCACAACAAAGAACAAUAUAUGAUCAAGCCAUUGUCCCUAUUGUUAAUGAAGUACUUGAUGGUUUCAACUGUACUGUCUUUGCCUAUGGACAGACUGGCACUGGCAAAACCUAUACAAUGGAGGGUGGGAUGAGAAAUAAGGGUGGGGACUUGCCUGCUGAGGCUGGUGUUAUUCCAAGAGCAGUGCGACAAAUAUUUGAUACCUUAGAGGCUCAAAAUGCUGAUUACAGCAUGAAAGUUACAUUUUUGGAGCUGUACAAUGAGGAAAUAACUGAUUUGCUGGCUCCUGAAGAGAAUUCAAGAUAUGCUGAAGAUAAGCAAAGGAAACCAAUUUCUUUGAUGGAAGAUGGGAAGGGUUGUGUUGUUGUGAGAGGUCUAGAAGAAGAAGCUGUAUACAGUGCCAAUGAAAUCUAUACUCUCUUGGAACGAGGAGCAGCAAAAAGGCGCACUGCUGAUACCUUGUUAAACAAGCGCAGCAGCCGUUCUCAUUCUGUAUUUUCUAUCACUGUCCACAUAAAAGAAUCUGCUGUCGGAGAUGAGGAACUGAUAAAAUGUGGCAAGCUUAAUCUUGUUGAUUUGGCAGGAUCUGAGAAUAUUUCUCGUUCUGGUGCACGAGAGGGCCGUGCAAGGGAAGCAGGAGAGAUAAACAAGAGCUUACUUACCCUUGGCCGUGUCAUAAAUGCACUUGUGGAGCAUUCUGCUCAUAUACCAUAUAGGGAUAGUAAGCUGACAAGGCUCUUGAGAGAUUCUUUGGGAGGGAAAACAAAGACCUGCAUCAUUGCCACAAUAUCUCCAUCUGCUCAUUCCCUAGAAGAAACAUUGAGCACUCUAGAUUACGCCUAUCGUGCUAAGAAUAUCAAAAACAAACCAGAGGCAAACCAGAAAAUGUCCAAGGCUGUGUUGCUUAAGGAUUUGUACCUGGAAAUUGAGAGAAUGAAAGAAGAUGUUCGAGCAGCUAGGGACAAAAAUGGCAUUUACAUUCCCCAUGAAAGAUUUGCCCAAGAGGAAGCUGAAAAGAAGGCAAGGAUGGAGAAGAUAGAGCAACUGGAGAAUGAUCUCAACCUUAGUGAGAAGCAAGCUGAUAAGUUCCGUGGGCUGUAUAUUACUGAGCAAGAGCAAAGGUUGGACUUAGAAAGUGACCUCAAGGAUUGCAAGAUAAAUCUCGAAAAGAGUAGGAAAGAAUUGCUUGAUCUUCAAGAGAACCACAGGGCAGCCAUCUUGACGCUGAAAGAAAAGGAGUUUGUCAUCUCUAAAUUUCUAUGCUCUGAAAAUUCUUUGAUUGAACGGGCAAAGGAGCUACGUACUGAUUUGCGACAUGCAUCAGAGGACAUAAAUUCACUUUUUGCAAAACUAGAAAAUAAGGACAAGAUGGAGGCAGAAAACAGAAGCAUUGUUUUAACAUUUGGUUCUCAGCUAGACCAGCAUCUAAAAGAUUUGCAUAAGACCAUUCUUGGGUCUAUUUCUCAACAGCAUCAACAACUUAGAUCCAUGGAAGAGCAGGCUCAGUCAUUUCUUGCCAGUAAAUGUGAUGCAACUCAAGCCUUGGAAUCUAAGAUUAAGAAUAUGACAGAGACACAUGCUUCAGGAGUGGAAGCAAUGAAGGAGCUUGCCAACACUAUGCAAAGGAAAGCUUCCUCUGACCAGGAGCAAAUGAGUUCUACAUUUUCAUCUCAAAUAGCAGUUACUGAGCAGUUCCUUGACACUGCAGUGCUGGAAGCCAAGGAGGUUAUUGAGGAUCUCCAGAAUGCUCUUAAUGAGCAGAAGGAGCUAUUGCUUUUCUCUGCUCGACAACAAGAAGAGGGAUUACACCGCAACUUGAUUUCAGCACAAGAAAUAUCCAAGGCAACGGUUGAUUUUAUGACUGACAUCACUAAUCAGGCUUCCAAACUCAUGACAACUCUUGAAGAAGCCCAAACCAAGAAAUCCCAGCAAUUAACAAAUUUUGGAAACAGAUUUAAGGAAGAGGCUGCUAGAGAGGAAAAACAGGCUUUGGAAAAGAUUGCAGCAAUAUUAGCAACUUUGACAUCUAAUAGAACUGCUAUGGUCGAAGAGGCAUCAAGAAACAUGAAGGACACAGACAUUCAAGAUAAUAGGAUAUUGCAGCAACAGAUAUCUGUGCUGCAACAGGUUACAGCUGAUGCUGGGAAGGAAAUGAGUAAGUAUAUGGAAAAGAUGGAAAGCCAUUUCAUGGAAGACACCUUCUCGGUGGCUGAGUCUAGGGGUAUAAUGGAAGAUGGCCUUAAAGAAUGUUCGAAAAGGUUGAAUGAUUCUAGGCAGCAGUGGGAAAAUGCCGAGUCAUACAUAAAUGAACUUAAUAUAAGCAGUCUUGCAGAGAUCAAAUCAACUGUAAAAGAAAAUAUCAGAAUAAAUCACACAGUACAUGAAGAGCUAUUAUCCGCAUUCUCCUUUAUGGAUGCAGAGUUUGGUGCAAGAACUGGAGAUAUAAUGGCAGCAAUUAAUGAUUCAUUACGUCGUGACCAUCAAAGUAAGAAGGAAAUAGACUCCCUUACAAACUUGUGCUUAGACCAUCUCAAAACAGUGCAAGAAAAGCAUGGUGAAAGCAUAUCGAAUAUCAGAAGCGAAGCUGAGAAAUGCCUCGUAAAGGAUUACUUGGUUGAUCACCAUACUAAUUCAACACCAAAGAAGCGAGACAUAGUUGUGCCCAGCUUAGCAUCAAUAGAAGAGAUGAGGACACCUUCCUGGGAAAACCUCAAGGAAGAAGAAAAUAACUCAGAGAAGAGAUCUAAAUGGGGCAACAGUGAUAGCAAAACCCAUCAACAGAUUGCACGUGAGGCAUUCUCACCAAACAGAACUCCUUUUGCUGAUGUCAAUUGAUUUAUGAUUAGGACAAAAAGGUCCAUGGUGGGUGUGUGUAGAAACCAAACGUAUGUAGUAGAAACCCUCAUCAGCUGAUGAGUACUUUAGGACCGAAUCUGAAGUAGACACAUAAUUUGUCCUUUCAAUGCUGAUCCCAUGUUAAGAAAUUUUAACUUUCAUGCUGUUUUACUAAGUCGUCAUGGCAUCAAUUAAAUUCUUACAUCUUAUCUUA